AUGAUCUCUCUUGUCCCCGGAAUACCUCACCCGUCAACCUUUCCGUUUGCAAAUCUUUCAUUUACCGUCAGGAAUCCUUCCGGAGGGCCAGACGAAACCAUUAAGUUGGAUCAGAAGCUGGUAUCGGACGCUUUCCAGUACGAUCUUGCAGGUGGCAACGCGCAACUGAUUGACUGGUUCCUCGAGCUACAAGAGCGUGUUCACGGGUUUUCAGGGGGGCACGAUUGGUCAUGUUGCGUCGGCAACGGAAGCCAGGAUCUCAUCUUCAAGGCCUUUCAGGUUUUUACAGAUCCAGAAGAUGCUGUCAUAAUUAAAUCACCAUCUUACGCCGGGGUGGUUGGCUUCCUUGGAGCCGAAAACCACAAACUUAUCGAAAUCCCGACGGACGCAGACGGCAUCAUCCCCGCGGAACUGGAGGAGAUCCUCUCCAGCUGGCCGCCAGGGCGUCCCCGCCCCAAGGUUCUAUACACCUCGCCGACAGGAUCCAACCCGACCGGAGCAACCUGCCCGGAGUCGCGAAAGAUUGAGAUACUCUUGCUGGCACAGCGAUUCGAUUUUGUCAUAUUCGAGGAUAAUGCCUACUACUACCUCAACUACGACCUGGACCCGCCCAGCAUGGCGCGAAACUAUCUCGGGUUGGAGGCAGAGGUCACAGGAGCCUCUGGCCGCGUUGUGCGGUUCGACUCGCUGAGCAAGGUUGUCAGCUCGGGCAUGCGAAUUGGUUUCCUCACUGGGUCGCGGCAGGUGGUACAGCUCGUGACCAGGUUAACCGAGAACACCAAUCUCCAACCCUGCACCACCACGCAGGUCCUCGCCCUCGCCCUGUUCCGGCACUGGGGCCACGACGGCUUCCUGGCGCACGGGCAGGCCGUCGCCGCCCUGUACCGUCGACGGCGCGAUCUGUUUUGCGAGGCCGCCCGCAAGCACCUCGGCGCGCUGGCCUCGUGGCACGCCCCGGCCGCGGGCAUGUUUGUGUGGAUGAAGCUGCGGCUGCCGCGCGGCAAGAUGGAGGACAGCUUCGAGCUGAUGGAGCAAGGCGCGCUGCAGAACCGGGUGCUGGCCCUGCCGGGCGCUGCGUUUUUUGUGCAGGGUGCCCAGACGAGCCAUGUGCGCAUCAGCUUUAGCUUGAUCCCCGAGGACCAGAUCGACGAGGCGUGCGCGCGUCUGGCGAAUCUGGUGAGGUGGGCUUGGGAAAAGGCCGGGGAUGAUGAAGGGGCAAGUGAUAGCUCCUCAUCCUCAUAG